AUGCCAGACUCCAAGGACAAGGGCAAGGGCAAAGCUCCCAAGCGCCCCGAGCAGGGCGAAGAAGCCGAAGCCUCGAGCAACCAGGGUAAGUGGUACCACGAACACCCCUCCAAGAACACUUCACCUAACGCGAAUGGCAUACCAGGUAGCUCCAGCACGAAAAAGCUCCCCCCGAAGAUGAUUGAAUCUCUCAUGGAAAUGAACCCCGCGCUGAAGAGCGAGCUCGCCAAUAUGGACAAGGACAAGGCUGCACAGUUGCUCGCCAACAUGGACAUGUCUCAAUUGCUGACUGGACUAUCGCUCGACGGCAAGAACCAGAAGGAUAUGGCCUCAUAUAAGUUUUGGCAGACGCAACCUGUGCCUAGAUUUGAUGAACAGGCGGCCAAGAAGGCUAUCACUCAGGGCCCUAUCAAGAUGAUCAACCCGGACGAAGUUUCGAGGACUCCCGAUGCGCUUGUUGAGGGCUUUGAGUGGUGCACUCUUGACUUGACCGACCCGGAGGAGCUGAAGGAACUGUAUGAAUUGCUCAACAACCAUUAUGUGGAGGAUGAUAAUGCUAUGUUCCGGUUCAGCUACUCUCAGUCAUUUUUGCACUGGGCUCUGAUGUCUCCUGGCUGGAAGAAGGAAUGGCACGUCGGUGUGCGCGCUACCAAAUCGCGCAAGCUGGUCGCGUCUAUCUGUGGUGUGCCUACUGAAGUCCGUGUCCGCGACGAGAAGAUCAAGGUGACAGAGAUCAACUUCCUGUGUAUCCACAAGAAGCUGCGCUCAAAGCGCCUGACUCCUGUCCUGAUCAAGGAGAUCACUCGUCGCUGCUACAUCAACGGUAUCUUCCAGGCCAUCUACACUGGUGGUGUUAUUCUGCCAACACCUGUCAGCUCGUGCCGUUACUACCACCGCCCACUAGACUGGUUGAAGCUCUACGAGGUUGGCUUCUCCUUCCUUCCUCACGGCUCCACCAAGGCCCGCCAAAUCACUAAGACCCACCUUCCUGACAACACCGCGACACCUGGCCUGCGGCCAAUGGAGGCCAAGGAUAUCGACGCCGUAUUUGACCUUCUGGAGCGCUACAUGCGCCGGUUCCAGCUUAACCAAGCCUUCAACCGCGAGGAGAUUGAUCACUGGCUUGUUUAUAGAGAAGCUGAAGGCAAGGAACAGGUGGUUUGGUCAUACGUUGUGGAGGAUCCCGAGACCCAUAAGAUCACGGACUUCUUUUCAUUCUAUAACCUUGAGUCUACUGUCAUCGAUAACCCGAAACAUAGCACUGUACGUGCCGCUUAUCUGUACUACUACGCGACCGAGACAGCCUUCACCAAUGACAACAAGGCCCUGAAGCAACGCUUGCUGCCUCUGAUGAAUGACGCCUUGAUUUGCGCCAAGAAGGCCAAGUUUGAUGUCUUCAACGCUCUCACUCUGCAUGACAACCCUCUAUUCCUCGAGGAGCUGAAGUUUGGUGCUGGUGAUGGCCAGCUCCACUUCUAUCUUUACAACUACCGUGCGGCCCCUGUGCCCGGUGGUAUCAAUGACAAGAACCAGCCUGAUGAGAAGAAAAUGGGUGGUGUUGGAAUUGUCAUGCUGUAG